ACAAAGAUUUUCCAGGCUGUAGUGCUCUUGACUGAUACAGGCAUUGCAAUUUUUGAUAUCACCUCACACAGAUCUUCCUAACAUCAACUGAAACUGGGGAGAUUUAAUGGUUCAAUAAUUCUCUUUAAUUAGGUGAAGACCAGGGAGCCUUUACCUAGUGCAUUCAAUCAGCGAACUACAGAGCAUCCCUACCCAAAGAAGGCACUGAGCGCUCUGCCUCCCUCAUCCUUCAGUGAGAUCCUACAAGGCCCUCCCUCUAAAAAUUAUGGAGCACACAACUCGGAGUCAAUCGAGGGCAUUACCUUCUUCAAGCACCAAGACACCAGAUGACCUUGAUGCCAAACUACACACUGCUGUGAAAAACAAUGACAUGGAAAAUGUAAAGGAACUAUUGGAGAAAGGGGCGAAUGUGAAUUCCAGAGCAGAAGCAGGCUGGACACCACUGCAGAGCGCYGUGCAUAUGGAUGAGGACUUGGCCCUCUUUCUGCUGGAGAAGGGUGCUGAUCUGCAUGCCAGAAAAGACAACGGUGGCACUGCCUUUAUUGAGGCAGCAAUGGAGGGAAGCGUGAGGCUGCUGGAGCUGUUUCUUGCUCAUGGGUCGGACAUUAAUGAGCACGAUGACAAUGGAUUCACAGCUUUCAUGGAGGCUGCGUGGUAUGGGAAAGAGAGGGCCUUGAGAUUCCUGCAUAGCAAAGGGGCAGAUGUGAAUAUGGGGAGAGUUGUAUGUGAGGAAAGAAGGAAACUCAAUAAAGGAGGCGCAACAGCCUUGAUGGAUGCUUGCAGGGAGGGCCACAUGUCAGUUGUAAAAGCUCUGGUCCAAGACAUGAAAGCUGAUCUGAACAUCUGUGACAACCAAGAUAGAAAUGCCUUAAUACAUGCCCUCRGGAAGAACAGUCAAAAGAAACCAGAGACAUCUGUCUCUAUAGCACUGUUCCUGCUUGCCUGUGGCAUUGAUGUGAAGAGCAGAGAUGAAAACGGGAAAACUGCCCUCAUCCUGGCUGCUGAAGUGGAGAGCUUAGAUUUGGUGAAGGCUUUAUUGGAGAAGGGUGAAAUAGAUAUUGAYGAUGCAGAUAAUGAAGGCAACACAGCACUGGUGGUAGCUGUAACUAACAAUAAUUACAGCAUAGCAGAACUGCUGUGUGAAAAAGGAGCAAGGACUGAUGUUGGGAACCUUAUUGAUAUUGCAAAUAGGAAACGUGCUUCGAAUCUGACAAAGCUGCUUCUGAAGCACAAGGCCAAGUUUGUUCCGAAACCACCUACAGACUGGGAGCCCAAGAGCAAGCGCUGGAGGGACCACCUGAAAAAGCUUUAUGAAAUAUAUCGCCCCAUGAUUGGCAAACUAAAGAUAUUUCAAUACAUUUACUAUAAGAUUCAGAAAACUUCCCAAGGCAGCAUCUACCUAGGGCUCUAUGGUGACACAGAGGUGGCUGUAGCAAUAGGCCACUACAGUGAUGCAGAGUUUGACAAACAGAAAAGAUUCUUUGAACAGUGUGGCAACAGCAAGCAUCUAGUGAAGGUCUUUCAGCACGAGAAGGCAAAAGGCUUGGUCUAUUUGUGCUUCCCUCUCUGGGAGCAAAACCUUGAAGAGUACUUGCAAGCAUCAGAAGGGGGAAUGGAUUGCAAAGACAUUCUGAAGAUGAUCUUCCAGGCAGUGAGCGAAUUGCACUUGCUAGGAUUUGCUCACCAGGAUCUGUGUCCCAGCAAAUUUUUGAUAGAUUUAAAUGGCAACAUUUACUUGGAGGAUUUUGAUAAUCGAAGAUUGAAGUUGAUUGAAGGCGAAAAGAAACUUGUAAACACAGACCUAGAGGCCCUUAGCAAGCUCGUGGUCUAUGUUAUAAGAAAAGGUAAGAAACCAUUUAAGAAAAUCAGUACCAAGGAUUUGGCUGCAAAUUCCCCUGAUUAUGAGGAAGCCUUGGACCUUGUGAAAAGCUUGGCAUUGCAUGAUGAACGAGGCUUGGAAAAUUUUAUUAAACAUCCCUUUUUCUGGAGCAAACAGAUCAGGUUCAAUUUCCUGAAGGAUUUAUGGAAAAAAAUCAAAGAUUCCCCCUACUAUGAGAAUAUUUUUAAGGACUUGAAAACUCCUAAAUGCKCUGAUUACUGGCGGUGGACUAGGAAGAUUGAUGCAGAGGUCCUGGAAAUCAUGCAACAUCCUGAAGAUAGAACAUUCAUUUAUUAUAAUGGAAUCAAAAAUCUGCUGAGGUUCAUCAGAAACCUGGAUGAGCACCCAAAAGAAAGGAUCAGCGAAAUAAUAGGGGAUCAUGUUGACUAUUUCUCGAAGCUUUUUCCAGCACUGACCAUUGAUGUCUACAACUACUUACGCAAGCAUUCUGAAUUCCGUCACCUUGCAAAUAUUCAGGACCAUUCUCUACUGUAAUAUGUGUUGUUGCCUCAUGUACCUUAGCCGAUCCAAUCAUCUCUGUCUCCUUUUACUCCUUGUUUCUUCAGCUGUGGAAGAGUUGAAGCAGGUAUGGGCAUGGAAGGAGUGUAAGGACGGACGGAGGAUGGGAGCUUAUGCUACUGAAGCAUCUCUUUUUAAAAAAUAUUUAGUGUAAUAACUAUAGACUUUGGAAAGGAACUGAGCCGAGGAACUCAGCCCAGAUCCUCCUUGUCUCUAUCACUUGAGGUUUAUCUGCCUCUGAGGUGGAGAUAAAGGCCCUGGUUCUUAUGGAGAGGAGGCACAUGAGGGACAGAGCCCUCAUCCAUAUAUAAAUUGGAGGCAGGAGAAGAUCCCAGAAAGGGCUCCUUCCUUCUGUACAGGAUAAGCUCAGCACAGGGUCUUCACAUGGUAGGGUCUACAAGGCAGGGCUAUACAUGAAAAUUAGCUAUCCCCAAAACAUGGGUGUAGGGGKAUCACUGUCCUCAGUCACUGGCAGAGCUGGUGCCUGUACAACAUUCAUAGUUACUCAGCUUAGUGUUUUAAUAUUGGAAACUGGAUGAUACAGACCUAUUUUUGAUAUGUAGCUAGAAUCUUUUGACAUUCAAUGCAUGGACCCAUUUAUCCUUGGGUUUGUUUCUCAGCUUACAGCUACCUUUUUUUCACUCCGAGUUGCACAGUGAUUGUAUGUCAUU